CCGAGACUAUAGACGGAAUCUGGGAGACCCCGUACGAUUUGAUUUAAACUUGUGUUUGAUUUUGUUCUCUGAAAUCGUUUUCGUGUUCUCUCGUGGAGUUUGUAUCCAAAAUCGCAUUGAAGGUGUUGAUUUCUAGCUCCUUGGAUCAGUAGUAGUCUUCUAAUUGUUAUAUCACAUGAUCUGAGCUCGAUAAAGUGCUAAUGAUUAACUUUGUGAUGAGAAGUUGAAAGGAUACGAUGGGGAAGAGAGGAAGGGCUUGUGUAGUGGUACUUGGCGAUCUUGGUCGAAGUCCUCGGAUGCAAUAUCAUGCUCUUUCUCUUGCUCGUCAGGCAUCAUUUCAAGUGGACAUUGUUGCAUAUGGAGGUUCUAUACCCCAUGAAGCUGUUCUAAAUCACCCAUCAAUUCACAUCCAUACCAUGGCGCAGCCUCGAUUCAUUCAGCUCCUGCCAAAGAUACUCUAUCCUGUAACUCUAUUGCUCAAGGCAUUUAUUCAGUUUACAACGCUUCUCUGGUUUCUUUUCGUUAAAGUACCAGCACCUGACAUUUUCUUGGUCCAGAAUCCUCCUUCCGUUCCAACACUAGUUGCUGUUAAGUGGGCGAGUUCAUGGAGGCGUGCAGCGUUUGUUGUAGAUUGGCAUAAUUUUGGAUAUACUUUGCUGGCAUUGUCUUUAGGAAGAAACAAUGUAUUGGUGUCCUUAUACCGCUGGUUUGAAAAUCAUUAUGGAAAGAUGGCAACGGGGUCUUUAUGUGUGACUAAAGCAAUGCAACAUGAACUGGAUCAAAAUUGGGGAGUGAGAGCCAAAGUUUUAUAUGACCAGCCUCCUGAGUUUUUCCGCCCCGCUUUGCUUGAAGAAAGGCACGAGUUGUUUUGUCGAGUGAAGAAAGAUCUCUGCCAUCCAAUUGGUGUCUAUGAUAUCAUUAGUAGAGAGUUGGAGAAUCAAGGGCUUAAUGAAACCCUUUUUACUAUGAAAACUAAUGCGGACAUCUUUCUGAAGCAAAACAGACCGGCUCUUGUUGUAAGCAGUACAAGCUGGACCCCUGAUGAAAAUUUUGGCAUCCUAUUGGAAGCUGCAGUGAUGUAUGAUCGGCGUGUUGCUGCAAGAUCGAAAAGCAGUGAUACAGCUGAAAUUUCAGAAGAGCAAGACCUUUAUCCCAAUUUGCUGUUCAUCAUUACAGGUAAAGGACCUGAAAAGGAGAUGUACGAGGAGAAAAUCAAACGGUUAAACCUCAAACAUGUGGCAUUCCGUACAAUGUGGCUCGCAGCUGAAGAUUACCCAUUGCUUUUAGGUUCUGCAGAUCUCGGUGUUUGCUUACACACUUCCUCAUCGGGUUUAGACCUUCCCAUGAAGGUUGUUGAUAUGUUUGGAUGUGGCCUUCCAGUUUGCUCGGUUUCCUACUCAUGCAUUCAAGAACUCGUUAAAGAUGGGAGGAACGGACUAUUGUUUUCAUCUUCAUCGGAAUUAGCAGACCAAUUACUAAUUCUCUUCAAGGGUUUUCCUGGGAACUGCGAUGCACUAAUGACGCUUAAAGCGGGUGCAAUGGAAACUGGUUCCUCGGGUAGAUGGGCUUCAGAGUGGGAAGAUUGUGCAAAGCCUUUGAUUACUCAGGUCGUGUCUCAAAAUGCGGAUUGAUGAAAGGGAAAUAUCAAAAUUGGUGGGCUUGAGAGUUUUUCACAGCUUCUUCUUUUGUAGAUUCAAAUUUUUGUUAACACAGUCAUAUAGAUCACAAGAUUUGUCUGAAAAUAUUGACAAAGGACUGACUCCAAGAUUGGCAAAAGCUUGUGUAUGGAUGAGAAACUGAUAUCAAAAUCUCAAUUGACCAAAA